GACCGACUGACCGGCCGACCUUGCAUCGUCAGAGAGCGCACGAAGAAGACACUUGCCCCCGAGCUUGCUUCACUACAUCGGAGCCACCGUCUCACUCACGCAUCCCUGUCUGCGAGCUCGACCGUCGAGAAGUGAUCAGUUGCGACCGAGAAACGCCAGCUAUCUACGCCUUUUGAGCAUCACCAGAUCGACAAGAUGGGUGGAACGUCAAUGAACCCGUUGCCGACCGAGGGUCACAUCGACUGUCUCAAACCAGAGCAGCGCAAGAAGCUCAGAGAAUUCUGGGCGCAGUUCUUCGAGUUGCUCGAUCAGGCACCCGAGAGAGGUUCAGUCGCCGAUCCUGAUGCCGAGGGAGGUGGAUCAGAGAUGAAGGGCAAGAAGGACGGCAAAGAUGCAGGCAAGGAUAUCCCCAAAGACGACAAAGAGAAAGAGAGAGUGCGUGCAGAGGCGGAGAUGAAGAAUGCCAAGGCUGCUCUUGAGAAAUAUGGCUCGAUCCGCGUCAAAUCUGCCUACUGGCGUUUCAUUGCCAUGGACGAUCCCGAUGUCAUGAUGCUUCGUUUCCUUCGCGCUCGCAAGUACGAUGUGCCUGCAGGCGUCGCCAUGUUGAUGAGCACGAUUCUCUGGCGCAUUGAAGGAGAUGUCGAAAAGAUCUUCUACAAGGGCGAGGAAGGCAUGCAGAACGCAGAGGGCUUCCUCAAGCAGCUUGCAAGCAGCAAGACCUACACACAAGGAACCGACCGUCAAGGGCGUCCGGUUGUCUAUAUUCACGUCGGACUUCACAAACUCUUUGAUCAGUCGGCCAAGGCGCUCGAAGACUUUGUCAUCUUCCAAAUGGAGAGCGUUCGCUUACUGUUCGCACCACCGGUCGACAAGGUCACCAUCGUCUUUGAUAUGACAGGCUUCGGUCUCUCAAACAUGGACUGGAAGUGUGUCCUCUUCAUUGUCAAGUGUCUCGAGGCAUACUAUCCAGAGUCGCUGAAUACUAUGCUCAUCCACAAUGCGCCUUGGGUCUUCCAAGGCAUCUGGAAGAUCCUGGGACCUAUGCUCGAUCCUGUCGUCAGACAGAAGAUCCAGUUCUCGAAGAAUACAGAGGAGAUGACCGUCAUCAUCCACGAAGAUCACUUGGUCAAGAAGCUCGGAGGCAAGUCUGACUGGGUCUGGCACUACGAGCCCGUCCAGGAGGGCGAGAACGCAGCGCAGCAGGACAAAUCGACACAGAAGAAGCGCCAGGCCGAGCGUGAUAAUCUGAUCGAGGAGUACGAGUCGAUCUGCCGCAAGUGGGUCGAGGAUGCUUCAGAAGUCAACACGAAGAUUCGCGAGCUUGUCACGGCUGCAUUGCGAGUACAAUACUGGGCCCUCGAUCCAUACAUCCGGGGCAGAGGCUGCUACCAUCGCCACAAGAAUGUCAUUGGCAAUGGUCUGGUCAUGUUCGAAUACCCAGGUCUGAGUCCUGAAGGCGAAUGGGACAUCCGAGGUUACUCAAGCACACGCGAACAUCUCAUCGGCGAAUGCGAGCGCAUGAAGGCCGAGAUCAAGGAUCUGGGCGGCAAAGUCCCCAAGCUCGAUAUGGGCCUUGACGAUGACGCGGGCGGUGAUAGUGGUGAUGAGGCGCCGAAACGCCGCAAAUCGGUCAGCAAGAAACCUUCGCGUCGCGGCUCGAUGCGCGAGAGAGAUUAGGCUGAAAAAAACCGGAUGGUGUAUUUAUUGAGAUUUAUAUACGCACAUAUGCAGCAUUUUGUUAGUCUACGU